AUGUUCAGCAGAGCACAAUGGCUGUUUGAUCACCACCACCGCUUGUACUACCUGGUUGAUAGCAUUAAUACUCGCAUCUAUGAGGACGACCCAAGGUUACCACCAGAGUACCGAAGAAGUCCAGCGAUCAGCGAGCUUGGCCCGGUCCCGCAACACCAUUCGCACCUGAGGAGUCCAAUCUUGUCUACACCGUAUGACGAUUAUUACCCCGGACGCUCCUGGGUUGACGAGCAUGGCCACCUGCUGCACAACACGUUUGCCCACAAUAGUGGAGCGAUCCCUUCUCAGCCCGCGCUAGUGCGUGAGGCCUCGAACAUUGAUCCACUUUGGUCGACGACUACGAGAGCCACGCCUGCUACCGCUGUCCCCGAGCCAUUCACUGACCUACAAGUCAACCUGGAAAGCGCGACAGAUCCACGUACAGGCGUGGCUGUGGUCACGGCUACGGGACCAAAAGAGAAGAUUACCGAUCCAGAGUUGUUUAGGGCCGGUGUUACAGCUCGAAGAGCCUUAUACCCUACUCCGGAAGGCGAAGAAAGACUGUUUUCGACAUUCAAACGCAGACAGCGUCAAUUCUUCACGGUCGGUCGGGUGUUCUCUGUCUGCUGGUCAGAACCUGCCAGUGACACCACUACAAUCAACACGCUUGUCCAGAACGACCGUUCAGAUCCGGGUCUGUCUGCCAAUCGAUUUGGCGAGAGCAUCUUCUCGAAAGUGCGAAAGUUUGUCAUCAUCAGACAAGGCCAGGAUUACUGUAGUGCGUUGCCCAUCGUCAGUUAUGGGGGUCAAGGUGUGGCAAAGCCUGGAGUCACCAAGGCGGAACAUGGUCUUAUAUAUACUGGCCGUACACCACCAUCACCACAACGCGCGGAGCUGGCCACUCGAGGUGAAAGAGGGAUGAGAGCUCAGUCGAUCCGAGUCGUGCCUGAUAGACAAGAGGACCGUCUUGACUCGAUGUCUCGCAUCGACUUUGCCAAAGUGCACACGGUGCACCACAACCUCAAAGUCGCUGCCUUCGGCUGUGUCCACCCCGAUUCUGUGGCGGCCCUGAUUACGGAGUUCCAAAGCGUAUGGCUACUUGCUCCGAUGACCAUAGCAGCGGCUAGUAUUCCAACAUGA